AUGCAGAAGAAGCUUCUUCUGGCCAAGGAGAGGCGAGCUAGGCCAGGGGACAGGGUUUUAGCGAAGAGGGUUCUAGAAAGUCGGGGUUUAGAUAACAGGGCUUUAGACAGUGAAAACGGCGAGGUGAGCGAGGAGACGGAAGAUGAAGGGGAGGAGAAGAGAAGGGAGGGGAGAGGGGAGGAGCAGAAUGCGGAGAGGAGUGAGAGGGAGCAAGCGGGGACAUGGAAGGGGUGGAAGAGGUGGGAGGAAAAGAGGCAGCGGCGCGACAGGGAGGAGAGGAAUGAGACGAGUGGCGAGUGGCAGAUGGAGGCGGAGGAGGAGGAGCAGGAGGAGAGGGGGGAAGGGGAACGAGGAGCGGAGGCACGUGGUGUUGUAAGGGGUGGUGAGCGGAGUGAGGGAGGUGAGGAAGGAUUUUCUGUCCAGGUGGCUGCUCAGGUGGCGGCCCAGGUGAUUGCAACAGAGAGGAAUGGGGAGGGGCGGAGUGUGGAGGAGAUAGUGGAUGGAUGGAGGGGAAACCGGUAUCACAUGAUGGACCUGAUAUUGGAGCUGUGGAUGCAGCACGCUCCUUCUCUCGCCCUCCGAGUGUUUGAUUGGAUGCGUCAGCAGCCGUGGUGCCGCCCGCGCCUCGACUCCUACAGCCUCGCCAUUCAGAUCGCCGCCCACUCCCGCAUGUGGGGACGAAGCGAGGCGCUGUUCGAGGACAUGCAGGCAGACGGCGUGCGGCCGGACUCGUUUGUCUUCUCUGUGAUGGUGCGCGUGCUGGCGCAGCAGGGGCGGUGGGAGGAUGCGAUCGGAUUGGUGGAGAGGCGGGCGGCAGCACACGACUCGGAGCUCAUGUCAUUGCCAAAGAGGGGCGUGGAGGAGAGCAGAAGAGGCGUGGAGGAGAGCAGAAGAGGCGAGGAGGAGAGCAGGAGGGGUGUGGAGCCGAGCCUGUAUGUGGCGGUGGUGGAGGCGAUGGUGGGGGCAGGGCGGAUGGAACAGGCAGAGGCUGUGUGUGCGGAGUAUGGGCGGGCCCACUUGGUCAAGGUGCAAGGCUUCAAGUAUGGGGUAUCACGAGAGGAGGUGGAGGCGGCAGAGAGGCAGUUCCCGGUGCUGGCAGGCGAGCUGAGGGCCAGCGACAGGGCGCUCAGGGCUGGAGUAGCAGGUGCAGGCGUGACUGCAGCACUUGUAGGGUUUACAGACGUGGCAGGGUCGGUAACGGUUUCUCCAGAGGAGGUGGAGGCGGCAGAGAGGCAGUUUCCGGUGCUGGCGGGCGAGCUGAGGGGCAGCGACAAGGCGCUUAGGGUAGUUGUUAGGUACCUCUUUAAGGAUGCUGACGUGGCGGCUGGAGAGGACAUCGCGCCUGCUGAAAUGGCGCCUGGAGAUGAUGUGGCGUCUGCUGAUGUGGCAGCGAGUGGGGAGAAGGCGGGUGAUGACGUGGGUGAUGGGCACGGGGCUGUUGCAGCGGGAAGCGGAUGGUCAGAGGAGAGUGUGGGUGUGCAGGCAGCAGCAGUGCCAGAGGUGGUGGUGGGUGGUGGAGGGGGAGAGGAGUCGGAGGAGACUGCGGGUGUGCAGGCAGCGGUGCAGCAGCAUGUGCGUGGUGGAAGGGUGGAAGCUUCAGAGGGAGAUUCUGAGGGCGAGGGUGAACAGGCCGUGCUGGGUCAGGCGACGAGGGAAGAGGAGGAGGGAGGAAAAGCGGAAGAAGAGGGGGAAGGAAAUGGGGAGGUGAAGGACGUAGGAGGAGCAGAGGUGAAUGGGGAGUUGGAGGGAGGGUGGCGAAGCAGAGGGGGGCAGAAGGGAGAGGAAGGUGAGAUAGUGGGGGUUGCAGUGGUGGGAUCAAGGGGCGGUAUAGGGGAGGUUAUGGAGGAAGUGGGAUUGCCAGAGGCGGCUGCAGCAGGGGAUGAGGUAGGGACGGCAGCAGUGGCAGUGGCAGAAGCAGCAGAGGAAGGAGCGGCAGACGGUGUAGCAGUGGUGGUGGCAGUGGUGCCAGCAGCAGAAAAUGAUAGGGAGAGAAGAGAGAUGGAAAGGACGGCAGGGGAAGGCGAGGGGUCGGUUGUGUGGAACGGAGGAGAGAGCGGAGGAGGUGCAAGCGGUACAGAUGGUAGCAACAGUGGCAGCAGCAGCAGCAGCAACACGAACAUGAGCAGCAAUGAGAGCAUGGCAGAGCGAAGGCUGGCGAUGGGAUGGGCUGGGGGAAGUUGUGGGGCCGGCAGAGGGGGCGGAGAGGGAGGGAGGGGGGACACUGUUGGCGGACCCAUGCUGCGAAGGCCAGUUGUGGGUGGCAGUGAGGUUCAACGAGAUUCAGCGCAGGCGGCUGUAGCGAAGGGUGCUGUAGCGGAGCAGGCUGUAGGGGAGCAGGCUGUAGCAGAGCAGGCUGUAGCAGAGCAGGCUGUAGCAGAGGGUGCUGUAGCAGAGGGUGCUGAAGAGGCUGCUGUGGGUAGUAAGGAGACCGACGUAAAGGCAUCUGUAGCAAAUGCAGCUGUAACAGAGACGGUUGUCGCAGAGACGGUUGUCGCAGAGACAGUUGUAGCAGGGACAGUUGUAGCAGGGACAGUUGUAGCAGGGACAGUUGUAGCAGAGGCGCCACCAGAGGGCGAUUUGCCAGAGGAGAUGGUAGCACAGGAGGCUGGAGGAGAUGUAGGGGUGGUGGUCGUGGAUGGCACUAUAACGAAGGUGACUGCAGCAGAGGCUGUGGGGAAUGAUGCUGCUGUAGGGGAAGGGGAGGGCGACAGGGUAGGCAACAGGGUAGGCGACAGGUUAGGCCAGAGGUUUGGCAACAGGGUCGGCAACAGGGUCGGCAACAGGGUUGGCGGCGACAGGAUCGGUGACUAUGUGCAGAGCACUUAUUGGGGCGUGGUGUGGGAACCUGAGAGUGGCGCAGAGGGCGGGGAGAUGCGGGUAGGAGGCGCUGGGAGGAGGGGGGGAAGUGGGGGAGGAAGGGGGGGAGGGCGGGGGGCAGGGGGGGAGCAGGCGAGGGUGGGGGAGAGAGUGCGGAGUGCAUUGGAGGAGCUAGAGAGGGCGGAGGAGGGGGAGCUGGCGGAGAGAUGGGCGCAGCUGGCGCAGGGGGAGGGGGAAACGGGUGGGGGGAAGGGAGGGGGGAAGGGAGGGGGGAAGGGGGGAGCGUGGGGGAGCAGGCAGGGGGCGCCACAGAGAGUGGAGGCGGACCCCUCCGCCCCUCCGCCCCCUCCUGCUGCAUGGGCGCGUGUUCUGUCUGCCCUGCGCGACCCCGGGCAGUACGGGCAGCUGAAAGAAGUUUACGGACUGAUGCUGAGUGCUUUGGAGCGUGAGGUGGCCCAAAUUCGCGGGCAGCAAGGGCAGGAAGGGCAGGAAGGGGAGGAACGACGGGAUGAGCUGAGAGGGGGCCAGCAAGGGAGGGAGGAGGUGCGAGGGGGACGGAGGAUGAGUCGUUACAUCGGUGCUGGUGAUGAGAGCGGCGGCAUUAUAGAACGUGACACUAGAGAGGGUGACAGUAGAGGGAGGGGCAGCGUUGGAGGUGAUAGUAGUGGCAGUGAGGGUGAUAGUAAUGAGGGUGCUACAGUGUUCACAGGAGGGUAUGUGAGCCCGUUCAAUCUGGUGCUGAUGUCAGCAUGCAAGCAGGGAGCAGCUGAUGACGUGGCGGCUGUGUUUGGUGACAUGCUCAGAUACAACAUUGUGCCAUCAUGGAGGUCGCUACUCUUUGUGCUCAAGGGUGCAUGUGGUCCCGACCGGCCCUUCCCCUCCCCCGCAUCGCUCGCUGCCUUUGUUGCCUCUAACUCCACUCACCCACCACUGGAGCCACCGGCUUCUCUAGUUCCGGCGACAUCUGGCCUGGCGACAGCUGGCAUGGCGACAGCUGGCACGGUGACAGCUGGCAUGGCGACAGCUGGCACGGUUACGUCUGAUGUAGAUAGGGUUACAUCCGACGUGGCCCCAAGUAUUGGAAAACUUGCCAGCUCAGCGUUGUACGGGCGCGCUAGGGAGGUUCUAGAGAACAUGGCAGUGCUGCUGAUUGGAGAGCCGUGGGCCAUUGAUCGGCUGAGAUGGAGCGUCGAGAUCGCAGAGUGCAUCCAGAGAUUGCAGGUUCUGCAGCAGCAGCUGUCGAUUCAGGUGGUUCGACCAGAUGAGAGAUGCGAGGAGCAGAAGUGGGAGGGAGGCUCGGUGGCCGUUCUAGGCUCGGCGGAGGCUCGGGAGGAGCUGGCAGAUCGGAUGGAAGCACUUUUACAGGCCAGUGCUGCUGCCCGGCAGGCUGCGUGGGAAGAAAAAACUGCCCGACGGGCAGCGGAGCAAGCAGAAUGGUUGCGGAGUGUGAAUGAGGCAUGGACUCAAGUUGUGGUGCGGGAGACGGGUGUGGAGGAGGCUGUUGAUGGGGAACGAACAAGGGGGAUUGUGGCGAGGGAAGAGGGGGAAGAAGGAGGGUUUGGAGGGGAUGAAGAGGGAAGAGUGAGGGGGAUGGUGAGGGGCGGUUUGGUGGAUGGGUCAGAAUUAGGCAGAGGGGAAGUGGAAACAAGAGGGGAUAGGGAGGAAGAGGAGGGGGAGGCAGAGGAGGGGGAAGCGGAGGGUGCAACGGGGGAGGGGGGUGCUGCGGGCACAAUAGGCGUGGGGGCAACACGCGUGGGGGCAACACGCGUGGGGGCAACACGCGUGGGGGCAACACGCGUGGGGGCAACAGGCGUGGGGGAGCAAGAACAGGGGGUGGGGGAGCAGAGGGAGCAGAGGAGGCUGAGGGAGGAGAGGGAGGAGGGGCAGGCGUUUGCAGUGGGGGUGGCGGAGCAGGUCAGGAUGGUUGAGAUGCGGCUGGCACAAGGCAUCCUCCUAGACCCAACCUCCUGUGAGGCCCUCCUCUCAGCCCUUCGCAACGCCUCAGCACACCACGCACAGCACCAAGGCCCCGCGUCGCCUCCUCUGCCCACGGCACAGGCCAUGCUGUGGCGCUUGGUGGGUGCCGGCACUGCUCCCUCUAUUGCUUCUUUCAAUGAAGUUCUUCGCGAGGCUGUUGCGUGCUAUCAAGAGAACUACGGGGGCGAUGAUAGGACUUGGCCUGAAUCGCCUUCAGCAGCAGCAGUAGCCACGUCGGCACAAUCAGCAUCAUCAGCGCCAUUAUCAGUUGCAGCGAUGGUGGAGGAGGUGGAUGGGCUGCUGCUGGAGAUGCACCAACGGGGCGAGCUGCCCAACCAGGUGCGUGCCCAACUAGGUGUGCGUGCUCAUAGUGUGCGUGCUUCUAAAGUGCCGUGA